AUGGCGCCACCGACAGCAAAGUCGAAAGGCGGUUCAAAGAAGCCGAGUGCCAAAGCCAACCAGGCCGCCAAAGCCACGCUCAAAGGCGUCCAUGCCCAAAAGGCUCGCAAAAUCCGCAAAUCCACCACCUUCCACAGACCCAAAACCCUCAUCCUCUCCCGAUCACCUAAGUACCCACGCAAGUCAAUCCCUCAUGAGCCCCGACUGGACCACCACAAAGUCCUUAUCCACCCUUUGAACACCGAGAGCGCGAUGAAGAAGAUCGAGGAACACAAUACUCUAGUCUUCAUUGUUGACACCAAAGCCAACAAGCGACAAAUCAAGGAUGCUUUGAAGAAGCUGUACGAUGUGGACACAGUCAAGAUCAAUACUUUAAUUCGACCGGAUGGAACCAAGAAGGCCUUUGCCAGAUUAACAUCGGACGUGGAUGCUCUGGACAUUGCGGCGACCAAGCUUUCAAUCGUCUAA